AUGAUCCCAUCAUUAAUCUACCACGUCGAUAUUUUUGGGUGGAACGUCACGUUUUUAUCUGCGCUGUUAGUGGACAUUAGGGAGCUGGAGCGCUUCCCACCCCUCGACUUCAUCAUUUCAAUCACUACGGUAGUCGAAAUGGUCCUAUUGGUAUUCAUCGGACUCGCCUACCUACCCUAUUUCUACGUAGUAGCCACCUGCUCGGUCUAUCACCCGAAUCUAAAGCGUAUUAUGCUGUUGCUCAUCCUAAAUUCAUUUUUAUUUCUAUUUACACGUUUUGUAUUAAUAUUAUACUCCUUUCGGUAUAUCGAUCGAACGGGGGACGAAACGUCCGAUUUAUUGCUGCUAAUUGCGGGUACUGUUAGAUUGGCAUGUAUGAUUGUCGUUUUUGCCAUGUUUCCAUUUAUUCUAACAGAACGAAUCUUUGCCGUUAUCUACCUAUGGGACUACGAACAUAAAAGACGGACGUGGAUUUCGAGUAUUAUAAUUGUCGGUUCAGCUAUCGUGGCCCCGAUUGGAGCUAUUGGUUUGAGUAUAGCUGUGCUCGAGAUUCGGGCCUUCGCCACCUACUUUGGCAUCCCGGCGUUUCUGCUCGCUAUGAUUGGCUUCGCGUGGGGUACCGGGAAACUCUCACGAGUUAAUCAGAAAACCCUUGAUGAUUUGAAUCGCAAGAAUUGUGAAUAUGGACUCUCGGCCAAAUACCAAGCCGCGGAAAAUCAGCGGUGUUUUGGGUUUGCCAACAAAUUCCUGUAUUUUUCGACGUUUUCUGACUUUUUUGGCACCGGCGUGGUGAUUAUACACGUUUUAUUAUACAAACAACCGACGUUAAAUUGCCUGAUUGCUGGGGCAAUUUUUGAGCACUACUCGACGCUGUAUCCGAUCAGCUAUUUAUUCGUCUCACUCUAUGCUGUGGAAGAGUGGCGAAAGAAGUACUUUUCGAUUUUUGAGCCGAUCCUAUGCGGCCAGAAAAUCGGCGACACACCCCCGGAAAAGGCAAACAUCAAUCACGACCAGGAUACGAAGGACUAUUUCGACUAUUACAAGUCCACUUGGGCG